AUGAUUGCUAAAUUUUUUUGCCUUUUUAUUUUUGCAUUGCUCUCUUCCGUGAGAUCAUCAGACACCCCCAAUAAUGACGGUAUUGUGCACGUAAUCACCAAGGACAUAGACCUGAAUCAAUUACAAGGAACUUUCUAUGAAAUUGCUACUAAUGCUUCUGAUAAAAUAUUUCCAGGUUUGUUAUGCAGAUGUACGAAAUAUGAUUUCUCAGGUUUAAAAAGAGAUGGAGAUUCAGCAUACAUUUUAGUAAACUUUUCAUGUGAUAGAAAUUAUUUAUUUGGAGAACACAAAUCUGAAAUGACAUUUAAAUUAAUUUUGAAUAAAAAACUUGAAGAACAAGCCACAGUAGUUGAUGUGUUCAAUGCAAGUAUUUAUUUAGUAGAAGGAAAUCAACAAAUCUUAUUAAACAAUAAUGUUAAUAUAGUAUAUGCUGAAGCUAAUGAACAAAAAGAAUAUGAACAUAUAAUUAUAGCUGGUGAAAAAUCAACUGAACCCAUGAUUAUUUUAUCUAAAUACAGAACCAUUCUCCUUGAAACAUAUAACAAACUCUUGAACUCACUUUACUUAGCUGGUUAUGAACCUUCUCUUCUUACCUGGCCAUUUAUCAUUCAGACUGAUCAAACCUUUUGUGAUUGA